CGCCGGCAUUGAAACGGAUCAACAUGAAUAUUACCUCGACAGUUUGCUGGUGCAACAUCUGGGACAGGGACACCAUCAUGAAUGUGGGCCCAGAUGUCCUGUGCUUGCGCAACGGCAACACGAUCAAGUUUAUCCAUAUGCAGACAAAGGCUGUCAGCUAUUUCAAACCGGAAACGGUGGCCACCGGACUGAGCAUCAGUGUUUUCGCUGGCCACAAUCGCUUCCCGCUAUUUGCCUUUGCCGAGGUGAUUCUGCGACCACAAAUCUUUGUCUAUCGGUAUCCGGACUUUACCAAGUUCAGCGUCAUUCCCCCUGAAAUGAUUUCCUAUUCGGAUAUCCGAUUCUCCGAGUUCGACAUGCUGGUCGGUGUUGGCGGACAUCCCAAUUAUCCGCUGGCCGUUUUCAACUACCGCAACUCCACUUUGAUCCUGAGGCAGAACACCCUGGUGGCCACCGUGCCGCGUACCCUUGUGCUGAGCUGCAACACAUUGCCCACCAUUGUGCAGUUCCACAAGCAGGAGAUGACCAUCCUGAACUAUGAGAUAUGCACCAUGGAAAAGGAGUCCAGCCUGCACAAGGUGGUGAAUCUAGAGGUAACCAAUGAUUUCCUCAAGUCCGUCGGCAACGAGCGUUUCCUCACCUUUGGCGAUGAUGAUUACCUGUAUGUGGUGAAUGACUAUGGUGUCAUGUCGCUGGUGGAAUUGGCGGGUUUUAGCCUCAAGCACCAAUGGCGUCCGAUCUAUGAGUCAGAUCAGUUAACAACUGCCCGGGCACACUCCAUAGCCCCCCACCGAGGCGGUCUGGUUAUUUACAACACUUCGAAUGUCUUCUUUGUGAAGAAGAGAUCGGGUUCCUUUCAACUUGAGUGGAUGAUGGAGGCUCCUCUGCAGGAUGUCGUACGGUUUAUUAGCAACAUGAACGGGGAGCUAUAUGCCGAGCGUCGGCCAGGCCACAUCGAUCAGUUAAUAUUGGACAAAUCCGGGAUGCCGACUCUGGAAUGUGUGGUGCCCUCGGGAACUCCGGUGAUCACAUUCCGUAUACUACCCGGCCUGAAGGACGAAUGUGUCUGUGUCCUGCAUAGCGACCGGGUGGCAAUGAUGGAUCUGGCCAAGGGUCACACUCUCAGCGAGGUAGUGGUGCCAUGGGCCUGUGCCAUGGCUAAUCAUCGAAGUUUGGCCAUCGUGGCCGUUGGCACCCUGAACUCCAGCAUCACUCUAAUCCAAUUCGAGCGAGCCAGCAUAGCUCAUGUACUGUGUGAGCUCCAGACGGACGUGCCAGCCGUAAUGGAGCUGGAAUUUAACGACAGCUGGUUGGUAUUCCAGGAUCAGAGCCGCAUGAUGCAGGUGGUCCAGGUCGAGACUCGGCCGUACAAGCUGACGCACUACUUCGAGAUGGAUCAGCCGGAGCUGAGUCAGGUCUUUGUGCACUCCUUCCUGCUGGCCGAUGGGCCGCGUCUGAUGGUCUUCAUCAAUCGGGAGCGGCAAAUGAAACGGCCGGGAUAUGCCACCGAGCUGUGGCUCUUCACCUGGGGCAAGGAUCGGCGACUGCAUCGCCGUGAAUUUGUCCUGCCAAAGGAGUACAACUACUUCUGUGUCCAGCCGCCGGUGGGACGAUGGUCGUUAAUCGAGAUCGAAGCCUCCGAGUACAAUACCUUCAACUUUGAUCAGUUUACGCUUAAUGAACGCGACGAAGUGCAAUGGGUGGCCUCCACGAAGUCUGCGCACUUUAGCUACAUUCUGGGCAUGAGCAUGACCAAACAUUUGAUCACCUGGAGCCUGGGUGGCAUCCUUUUGCACUUUAAGCAGCACAAGCGAUCCAAGAAGCCGUUCAUGGUCAGCCGCUUCCUCAACAUUGGCAUGCAAGCGGAGUACUUGUCGCGGGUCAAAGAGUGUUUCAAUUCAAAAUAUCUGAUCAUACUCCUGGCCGACCAAAAGAUGCGAGUGAUGCGGCUCCCCUCGCUGGCCGACUGUGUGCGGGACAACGAGGCCUUGCCUUUGCCCACGGAGGAGGGCGUUCCCUGUUAUAUCGAGCAGACAGUUCACAAAAUAGAUAUGUUCGUGCCGCUGACCAUGCGCCAGGAGGUGAAGGAGGAGUACUCGCCAGCCGAUUUGCUCAAGCAGGAAAAGCUAUUCAGGUUGAUCAAUCAGUUCUCCGCCAAGGUGACGGAGCUAAUAGACUACGACAUCUCGAAGACCGGCAAGACGAAAGGCAUUUUCAAGAAGUUUUGCUUCCACUACACCUGGCUGGACCGGCUCACCGAAGAGGCCCAUAAGCUGUGUGCCCUGGAGCGCGCUUCGCUGGAGGAGGCCAUUGCAGACCAGUCUCGUAUCCGUGACUGGAUCUUGCGCCUGGUGACCCGCGAUGCGGUCAGCAUCAACUACAGGGUUCGCUCCAUCUUCGCAGACGCCAACUUCGAGAGUUUCGCAUUCCGCCGGAAGCUGGAAAUGGUCGAGUUCGAUCGCUACCGCUUCUAUGACCUUGAGGACCAUAUCCGGCUCUCUCAGGUCUCGCUGGGCGAGGAGGAGUACCAGCCGCCGGCAGCCCAGACUCAGGGCCAUGGGCCUCCUCCGGGUAUGGAGGACACGGAGCUGGGCGAGGAGGAGGACGCGACUGCGGGCCCGACGGGACUAAAAGAACUCAAGCCGUUCGUGGUGGAGGGGCCCAGUGUGUACGAUCACAUUAUGGCGCCCGUCUUUCAGCUGCAGGACAAGAACAUGGUGACCUCCAACCAGGUGUUCAACUACAAUUGCAAGAUCCGCUACUACCUGAACGAUCCGCUCAAGCAGGAGUUCAACAAGCUCUUCCACGAGGCCCAGCAGCUGAAACGGGACACCAUUGACAGUGUUAUGAACACGAAUGUGGUGCUCUACAAGAUCUAUGACAACAUGAACAUCAUGCUGCGUCUGCUCAACAUGGAUCAGUUCGAGAAGCCCGAUCUAACUGUUCCGGCGCUGGAGCACGACGAGGUGAUCGAGCGGAUCAUGGAGGUUGAUGACUCCGAAAUCAAGGCAAUCAAUCGCCGCAAACCCAAGAUCAUCGAUACCGGCGGCAAGAAGGGUCGCAUGCUCCUCUGGAGCACCGAGUUCUGGGCGCGUGCUCUCAUUGUGAUGAUGGACGGCGUGCUGGAGAAGCUCUGGGAGGAGGAGAUCAAAAAGGAUAUACCGGUACCGGAGUUUGUAGCGAAGAAGCAGCCGCACGAGUUCAAUCUCGAGGAGCAGAAGAUCUACCGAGCCUACGAAGAGGCAGUGCGUCUGCUGGAGCUGGACCGACGCAAGUACUUGCGUAUUCUGCACGAGAACGAGGAGAAGACGCUGGCUCUCAAGGCCUCCCAGAUUCUAAAACUCAAUCAGCGCGUGGCCGAGCUAAUGAUCAUGAAGCUCAAAUAUGAUUUCGCGUUGAAGCAGGGCCAGGUGCGUCUUCUGACGCUGGAGAAGACCAACUUCAAGCGCGUGCAGCUUCGCAAGCGUAUCGGGAUGUUCAGCCGCGAUGUGGAUAAACUGAGUGACUUGAUCGUCCGCUUAGGUCAGCUUUCCGACUUCUGGGAGAAAUCCCUCGCAGAUGUAAGGACUCGGUUGGAGGCCCAACAGACCAGGGAUAGGGCCGUGGAGCGACACUUUCGCGCAAACUUUCUGCCAACGGUGCCGCAUGCCACCCACGAGAUGACCAAGCUCUUCAAGAAACGGCCCAAGCUGCCGCCCAAAGUAUUCAACUCGGUGCUCAUCUGCAUGGAGGCCUCCAAUAAGCUGAGCGGGAAGCCCAGCCAGCGCACCCCAUUCCCGCUGCCCACCGAUGUCCAGGACUUCCUCAACCAUCUCGCCGAAUUCGAUCUGCCGAAACAGUGCCCGCCGCAGGUAGAUGCCAAGUCCUGGGACACCUUUGUCAAACUGCGUCGCCAGAAGAUGGAGAGCGAGAUGCGGCUGAAGGGCAUCGGUUAUCAACUGCUGGACAGUCAGACCUUUUGUGGUCACCUCCAAAAGGGGAUUACAGCGCUGCGUGAGUCCAAGGUGGAGGCGCAAUCCAACUGGGAUGAGAGUGUCCAGCAUUAUCUAGAAGACAUGCGGAAUAUGACAAUCCAGGUGACCCUUACGAUGGGCCAAGUGGAGGUCGGUGUGUUGGGCGACUUCACCAACCUGUCCAACACGGUUCUCAUGCACAUGGACGACAUCAACGAUGUGAAUCGUCAGAUACAGGAAGCCGGAAAUAUGAAAAUCAGAGCCAUGGAACGUGUGGCGGUCUUCCGGCGCCAGGUGAUCUUUAAGGAGUGGGAACACAAACUGUACAAGGCCAAUAUAGCCUAUUUAAAGUACUUGCUGGACGCCAUCGAGAGGUGCAAAGUAUCCCUGGAGUUCCUUACCAUCCUUCGCAACUGGGAGAAGGUCAAGACCGAGCGUCAGAAGUACAUAGCCGGUGCCAUAGAACGCGUCAUCGAGCAGAAAAUUGCCGCUUUCAGAAAGCAAAUCGAUCGUGUGAAUCUCAAAAUCGACACGGUAAAGGCCCAUACCCUAGAGGUAAAGCAAAAAAGCCACGCCAUUGACCUCAAGAUAGAGCGGAUCAAGGUGGACGUCACACUACAGAAUUCCCUGCGCGACACAAUGUUGGAGGAGAAGCGGGAUCGUGAGCAGCGGGAACGAAUGUCACAAAUCAAAACCCACCGGCAGCUAAUGGAGAACGUACGCCGUCACUAUGCCCAUGUCCUGGAGCUGCAGACGAUCCUGGAGCUGCUUCGCCUGCGAACCUAUCCCACGCUGGGUCCGCCCUUGCCCCAAUGCCAUCCGCCGGUGCCGGAGCACAUCCUUGGUUCGGUGCUCUAAGAAGAAGUUACCAAAAAGCUCUCUGCCAGCUCACGCUACUUGACGAAAUUGCAAAUAAAAUAUUUUCAUACCGCCAAA